GCUGCUAUCAGGUUAGUAUCAAAUUACUUUUCUUCUCUUUCGUCUUCUAGGUUUUCUGUUGAAGCUGGGUAUUAGGUUGAGAGAAACUGAAUUAGUGUUUGUAGAGUGUGUUUGACAAAAGAAACUAUGGCAGAUCUUUAACAAAAACCCCGAAAUAAGAAAAUCUAAAAGUACAAAUUGGCCAACCAAAAGACGGGUUUGUGGCUAAAAAAGAAAUCGCCAACCAAAAGACGGGUUUGUGGCUAAAAAAGAAAUUGGUGAUGGUGGGUCUGUGAAACGGGAUCAAAACUAUCAUCAAAAUGCAAGAAUGGUUGUGAUAUAGAAGAUGAAAUAGAGUGAUACAAAGGAAGUGAAAAAUAAAAGCUGAGAAGAGAGAUAGAAAGAAGAGAAGAGAAGAAAGAGGGGUGCAGAAGAUAGAGAGAGAACCACGGAGCCGGCGAGUUUCCGGCGACCGCCUCCGGCACGUGCUCGCCUUCAUCCACAUAGCGGAAGAUGUAGAAACCCUUGGUGGUGUCGGAUUGGUCAACUGAGUGACAGUGGUUCGUAAUUCGCAUGACGAUUCGAGGGUUCAGAGGUGGUAGUGACGAGUUCCGAUGAGUCUAGGUGAUUCCGACAAGGUUAAACCUUACGGCCAACGACAACAAUCGACCGCUGCCAUGCUCACAUCCCUGCAAUUGGCUUUCGCACGUCAGAUUGCCAUGCUGCAUGUUUCUUUCAUUGUUUUGUGUAUUUUUUUCCAGAUUUUAAAGUUUUGUUCUAUGUCUGACAUGUAUUUGCAGAAUUGCAGGUGAAACGUGGGGUUGGUGUAGAAGACUACAUGAAAAUCUUAUUCGAUCCGCAAGGAUAGUACUUGAUGCGUACAGUGUUAAUCAUCAAGAUGUUUGUUAACCGAGUAGAGACAACCACAUUGGUGAACCGGAUGUUUUCCGGGCAUCUCCCAUUUCCGAUGAGAAAAAGUUACCCGAAAGAUUCAGAGAAGAUCAUGCGACAAACGGGUCUCGCUAGAAGCCAGAUUGCAGACUGCAGACUGGUUUAUAAACGAACGCGUGUGCACGCCUUUGGAAUAAUGGUUGAAAUGUACAAAGAAGAGUUCGGUGAUGAAGAGGUGAACUGUGAAUCUUCACCAGAACAGGCUGCAAGUUUUUGAUUUUGGUUUGGCUUGAUCCACUUUAGAUGAAGAAAGCCAAGAAUGCGAUCUUGAACCAACACUACGUGGGAGGUAUAAACUAGUAUAUAUUAAAACAAAAUUAGUGUGUUAUAGUAACUUUUUCUCUGUUUUUUUACCUUUUCAAGUUUGAUUUUCACCCUUACACUUUAAAUAAUAUGUCUUUGAUUCAAUAGUUUCAUUUUCUUUUUAUAA